AGUGCUGGUGCAGGACUUUGCCAGAGGUGCUCUGCGCGAAUCUUGAGAGAGCACUCCAUCGCUUCGGACACUUACACAGCCUCCAGGACCAAGACAGCCUCCAGCACCAAAAAUGGCAGCCCUGGCCACGAUAGUACCGCCCAUCGAGUGGAGCCAGCGCAAGGACGGCUUGUACGUUGUGAUAAAAGUAGCCGAAGCGACGGGCGUUACCGUUGAUUUGCAAAGCACAACUCUAAAAUUCCAAUGCGACGCCGACGAGAAGAAGUACGCCUUCGACGUCACGUUCGCGGCCGAGGUCCUCCCCGACGAGUCGGUCUGGAAGGUGCAUGGGAGGUCGAUCCAGAUGCACGUCGUGAAGAAGGACCAGGAGGCGGACCACUGGUGCCGUUUGACAAAUGAUAAAGUUUUCGAGAAGAGACACGUGGCCACGGACUGGAGCCGCUACGUCGACGAGGACGAGGAGGACGACGCGGGCGCCUUCGACAUGUCGGCGUUACAGGGCGCGGAUUCGUUCGCGCCAGCUAGCGCGGUGGCGGCCGACGAGCCGGACAGCGAUGACGACGUCGACCUGUCCGACUUGGAUGGCGGGCUCGACAAGCCUAGUGCCGAAUAAAUUUUUAUGAUUG